AUGUCGAAUUCGGUGGGGAAUCCGCCGCCGGGUUCUUCAUCGAACGAGUCUUUUCCUUCGCAAGUUGACACAAAUUCCACCCUCAGUUUAGGCCCUUCACCUUCAGCUACUGAUGGUGAAGAAUCAGCGGCACUCGUUGAUGACACAGCUACACCACCGCCUAAUUCUACUAAUGUUGAUUCCCCACAAACACCAGAACCAUCUUCACCCCCACCCACUUCGAAAUCUCCUCCUCCUCCUCCUCCUUCACCACCACCACCACCUCCUCCCAAGUCCAACCAUUCUCCACCUCCCAGCCCACCAUUAGUCUCAAAUUCAACUAAAUCAAAUUCGUCACCACCACUUAAAAUAUCUCCGCCACCAAACUCACCACCUCCAUCACCUAAUCCUCCUCCUACCCCUGCCAAGAAAGAGUCAUCCUCUUCAUCCGUUCCAUCCCCUCCUCCUCCUGCUGCAUCACCUCCCCCUGCUGGUAAAUUUGUCCCGCCGCCUCUCUCUGGAGAUGUACAACAACCUCCUCCUCCCCCAGCAGAAUUCAAACCCUCUUUGUCUCCCCCCAUUUCAAAUGUGUCACCGAAGACACUGGAUUCAAAUAGCAAUCCGUCAAAUUCCGGGCGCGUUCCAACAGACUCUAGAUUUCAUAGUCCUCCCGUUCCAGGAGCCUCACCAUCGGACCACCCAUCAUCGACUUCUACUGAUGCAACAAACCACAAUGUGCCCAGGACUCCACCAGCACCAGGAAAUGAAAGUAACGAAGCUGGAGGCAAGACAAUCAUAGCUGCGGCUGUUGGGGCUGCAGUCACAGGUUUGUUUCUUCUAACACUAAUUGCGGCAAUCUUUUUAGUUGUGAAGAGCAGAAAAAAACGGGUGGCCAAUGCUUCUGGCCAUUACAUGCCGCCCAAAAGUUUUACUUUGAAAACAGAUGGAUAUCAUUACGGACAGCAACAACAAUCUGUGCGUCUCACUGGACCUGGAAGUCCCUCUUAUCAUUUGCAAUCUGCACCCUCCGAAAGCCACGGAAGUCAAAGAGGGAAUAUGUACAAUGGAGGGGGGCCUGAUUCAGAUGUCAUUGGCACCGGGAAGACCUUUUUCAGCUACCAUGAGCUGAUGGAAAUAACAAAUGGAUUUGCUCGUCAAAAUAUUAUCGGUGAGGGUGGGUUUGGAUGUGUUUACAAGGGGUGCAUGGCAGAUGGGAAGGUAGUGGCUGUCAAACAACUAAAGGCCGGUAGUGGACAGGGUGAUCGGGAAUUUAAGGCUGAAGUUGAAAUUAUCAGUCGUGUCCAUCAUCGACAUUUGGUCUCUUUGGUGGGAUAUUGCAUCUCUGACAAUCAGCGCUUGCUCAUCUACGAAUUUGUUCCAAAUAAGACUCUUGAGAAUCAUUUGCAUGCAGGAAAAGAAUUGCCUGUGUUGGAUUGGCCUAAAAGACUCAAAAUUGCCAUAGGAUCUGCAAAGGGCUUGGCAUAUUUACAUGAAGAUUGUCAUCCGAAAAUUAUUCACAGAGACAUUAAGUCGGCGAACAUUCUGUUGGAUGAUGCUUUCGAAGCGCAGGCAAGCCUACGACUUUCUAUGUUGGAUUCCCUUCAACAUGUUGCAGACUUUGGGCUUGCCAGACUAAAUGACACUACCCAGACCCAUGUGUCAACUCGAGUAAUGGGGACAUUUGGGUACUUGGCACCUGAGUAUGCGUCAAGUGGAAAGCUAACAGAUAGGUCUGAUGUAUUUUCAUUUGGAGUUGUGCUUCUAGAACUGAUAACCGGGCGCAAACCAGUUGAUGCAAGUCAGCCUCUGGGGGAUGAAAGCUUGGUUGAAUGGGCUCGUCCACUCCUAAUUCAUGCCCUUGAAACCGGUGAACUUGGUGAGCUGGUUGAUACACGACUUGAAAAGCAUUACGUGGAGAGUGAAUUGUUCAGAAUGGUUGAGACAGCCGCUGCUUGCGUUCGCCAUUUGGCUCCAAAGCGACCGCGCAUGAUGCAGGUGGUGAGAGCAUUAGAUAGUGGAGGUGAAUUGUCGGAUCUCAGUAAUGGUGUGAAAUUUGGUCAGAGCACUGCAUAUGAUUCAGGCCAGUACAAUCAAGAGAUUAGUAAUUUCCGGAGGAUGGCUCUUGUCAGUAAUGGAAGCUCAGAAUUUGACACUUUCAGUGGAGAUUACUCUGCUAGAGACACAUCCCGGGAACAACCAACUUCAGGUGAUUACACAAGUAGCGAGUCAGAGACUCAAGCCAUGAACCGAACUGGCAGUUAUGCUGGCCGCCGGUUUAGAUAAAGGUGACAUGGCCAAACAGUAGAUCUUCUUAAGAUAAUCUUUGUUUAGCACCACAGAAGGUUAUAUCUCAAAGAACUUGCAGUUCAUUUCGACAGACCUAAUUAGCGUUGAGUUUUUUUUCCUUCUCCUGUGAAAUUUGACUGCAAUGUUUAGCUACCUCAGAGGUGCAGUGAACUUUCAAGGAAAGGUUGUAAAGCUCAUCUUA